UGAACUGUGUUUUUUUCUAUGAAUAGUAAUAUUUUAAAAAGAACUAAAAGAAGAGAAUAAUUUUAACCCCACUCGAUAGCGGCUUAAUGUUAUAACAUAUUCUAAGUGAUUAAAGAUAAAUUUAAAUCUAUCUCCUUUAAAAAAACUCUCAGUAGUAUUGUUUUCACAAUGAGUAGAUUAGAAGAGAAAAUAUUAGAUGCACUGGACACAAUUGGAUAUUCUGGACCACUGCUUCAGAAGCCACAUUUUCCUCUAGCAAUAGAAGGAGGACCAAAGAGCAUAGAAUAUACCAAGGUUAUUAAUUUCCUUACCAAUGAAAUUCGUACUCUUCAAGGUAUCGACGAAGAGGUUAAUGCUAUAACAUGCCCCGAGGAUUCUGUGGCAUUUAUAAUGGAAGUUACUUCCUUUCUUAAGGAAUUAAAUUGUCCUUACAAAUCACUAACCCACGGCCACGUUUCGGAUCGUUUACAAAAUGUUUCGGAUAGACUCUUAUUGUUAGAUUACUUGUUAACGGAAUUAAUGGGAGCUCGCAUACUGGCAGAUAAGAGGCCGGAAAAAAAAAUUGAGUUGAAACUUCAAGAAACUCCUGAAGGAAAGGACAUGCGGUUAAUAUUACAAACUCUACGUUUUCCGAAGCCUCCAGCAAAUAUAUCAAUAACUACUUUGUUCCAAAAACUCGGACCCACCAUCCCUAUAGUUUUGAAUAAAGCAGGAGCCGACAUUGUUGGUCAAGGAAUAUUCAAUGGGUUCCUUUCAGAAAAACAAUGGGGUAUUCUUAAUGGUGUUCAAAAUGAUUUAAACAAGGAAUAUAGAAUCAGGAGAGAAAUGUUGCUUACUCGGUUGGAUGUCACUAUACAGUCUUUUCAGUGGUCUGAUAGAACAAGAGGUAAAGAUGAUUUAUUUGAAAAAGUUUACCAUGAGAAUCGUAAACUCUUAAAAGUUGAUCCGGAUGUUGAUUUAUCUGAUCUAAUAGCAGCCAGAACUGAUAUUGCUAUCAUUGAAAAAACAAGCAAUUCUUCAGUGAGGAAAAAUACAAGAUCACAGCUUAAUAAAGUGAUAAUUGGACAGGUGCCUGAUAGAGGAGGCAGAACAUCCGAGAUAGCACCACCCCCUCCAGAAAUGCCUUCUUGGCAACAGAGAUCUUCUGGUCCGGCUGGUGGUGGUCGUGGAGGAGGCAACUUCAAUAGAGGUGGUGGAAACUUUAAUAGAGGAGGGGGAAACAAUUAUUCGAGGGGCGGAGGAAAUAAUUACUCAUCAGGAGGCGGAAUUUCAAGUAGAGGUGGGUAUUCCUCAGGAGGGGGAAACUACCAGUCGAAUCAGGCCCGUGGAGAUUAUAAUAAUUCCGGUUAUGGAAAUAACAGAAGCUACGAUAGUGCUGGCAGUUAUAAUGCCGGUAAUAAAUACGGAGGAAAUGAAUCUAGCGGGUAUGGUAGCAGAGGGGGGAGCUAUGAUAAUUCCCGAAGUCAAGGUAAUUACGGGAGAGGACUCGACAAUUCUAAUUCUGGUAGUUAUGGUGGUGGUGGUAGAGCCAACGACCGUGGAAAUAAUAGAGACUACGAUUAUGAUGGCGGCAACAGGAGAAAUAGCGGAGGUAGUUAUAGCUCUCAGGAUUUCCAACAGACUAAAAGAGCUAAAACUUAUGAUUCUUUUCAAGCGAAUAAAUCAACUUACGCCGAUCAAUAUGUUCAAGAAAGAGAACAUAAUCAACAGUACUCUUCGAGAGGAGGAAACACUGGCCGGUCCAAUUACCAGAGGGGUAGAGGUGGAAGCGGUUACAGAUAAGUCGCCAGAGAAUUGGUUUUCUUUUUCAUCAUUUAUAAGAUCACGACUUAUAUAUAAAUUUCAUAUUAUGUAAAAUGUAAUUUCAAAUGAGAGAACAUACAUUGUAUUAACUGUUCUGAAUUAUGUAAUUAAAGUGACUAACAUUCAGCAA